AUGAGCAGCUAUUCACAAGGCCUACCCUCAUCUUUUGACCCUGCCCUGUUAUACUCCGAACUCGACCGUCCCCAGGAAGAGCCACCUCCAGUCUCCUUCUCCGACGACUUUGACGCAUUGCAGCAGUGCAUCACCGAGGAUAAAGCCAAGAAGACCAGUGAAGGAGUCGUCAUACAGCACAGAGCGUGGAACAUAACUGAAGUUUUCCGCAGUGAAGGAGAAGCUUCCAUUGACACACCCGCGAAGCGCAAGAAGCAGUCACCAGUCAAGCGCUUUCCUACCGACACCUCAACUGAAGGUCAAGCUUUUCCUUCAUCGCCACCAGCAUACAUCAUGCCGCUCAUCUCCUCGCCUGUGGCGUAUCCCCAAAGCUCUUUACCACUGGCCCUAUCACCAAAGAAGAGGAAGCGCUCGGAUCAAGUUCGAGAACCGCUUAAAGAUGUUCCAAACAACAACGCAGUCCGAAAGGUUGGGGCCUUCAUGGACGACUCCGACGACGAGGAUGAGAUCGAGGCUCAGAAGCAGCACACGCUGAAGAGACGGGCGAUCAACACAGUAAAGGACCUGCCGUCGUUACCAGACGGCUUUGCGGACAACACGCCGCCAGCGAGCCAAGACGACAUUGCCGACCCCGAAAGCAUACCCGUGGACGAUCUCGACAAUUACAGCUUCGCAUCACGAUCGCAAUCACCUGUUAAGCGACCCACCACAUCCGAGGCUCCGCCUCCAGCACAGGAAACGAAGGGUGUCGUUGCACGAAACUCGUCAGGCAAGGCUAUAUACAUACCAAAGAGGGCGAAGCGAGAAGCUGUCUCGUACGAGCAGUUGAUUGCGGCGCGCUCGGAAGUCGCAGAAGGCCAAGCAAGGACGAGCUACUAUGGCCUCAACAUACACGAAUUGAUGGAUGAAGCCAAGGCUCUGGACGUCGAGAAGGCCUCGAGACAGGCCCAGGUCGCGGAGGAACCACCAAGAGAGUCUGUCGAACAACCAGUGACCAAGAAUGGGAAAAGCAGUCGCACGCUAAUGUGGACCGAGAAGUACCGGGCGAAGAAGUUCACAGACUUGGUCGGCGAUGAGCGAACACACCGAUCCGUUCUGCGAUGGCUGAAGGCAUGGGAUCCGAUCGUCUUUCCUGGCUCCGUCAAGAAGCCAAAGGCUGCAAAGAAAGACUUUGGAGAAGAGCCACAGCAGCAUCGCAAGAUCCUGCUUUUGACCGGCCCGCCUGGACUCGGAAAAACUACACUUGCGCAUGUCUGCGCGCGACAAGCUGGAUACGAGGUCCAAGAGAUUAAUGCAUCUGACGAGCGAAGUCGUGAUGUGGUCAAGGGUCGCAUUCGGGACAUGGUCGGCACAGAGAACGUUCGGGGCGUCAACACCACCACGGCAAACGGCAAAGUGCGCAAGGCUGGCAAGCCAGUCUGUGUUGUUGUGGAUGAAGUAGACGGUGUUGUGGGUGGCGCCGGUGGUGCAGGUGAAGGCGGCUUUGUCAAAGCGCUCAUCGAUUUGAUCAACUUGGACGAAAAGAACUCAAAGAUGGUCGGGCAGUCAACUACCGGAACGAACAAGAAGAAGAAGGGCGACAGAUUCAGGCUGCUGCGACCUCUCAUCCUCAUCUGCAAUGACUUGUACCACCCGUCACUACGGCCACUUCGACAAUCCUCCAUGGCGGAAAUCGUUCGCAUCCGACAACCUGCGCUAAACAUGGUUGUUUCUCGCAUGCAAGAUAUAUUCACCAAGGAAGGCAUACAAUGCGACUCAGACGGUGUGCGACGAUUGUGCGAAGCCACGUGGGGUGUGAGCACGAAAAAGGAGGGCGGUACUGGUAGUGGUACUGGCGAAGGCGAUAUUCGUGGAGUCAUGGUGGUCAGCGAGUGGGUAGCAGGCCGAUUACGAUCCUCGCAUAACCCCAAGUCAAAAGAUCCACCACAUUUGAGCAGGAAGUGGAUCGAGGACAAUUUCAUCAACGACCUACGGCAUGGUGGAGGAUCAGCACGUAGUCUGGGACGAGGUGGUGCGAAGGACGUUGUCGAGCGCGUGUUCAAAGAAGGUGCAGGCUUUCCGAAGCAGGCGGAGACUGCCGACGUGCGGACGGUCACUGCUCGCGCAAAAAGUGGUGUCAUCGGAGUUGCUGAGGGUGCCAAGCGGCGUGCAAUGGACCGUCUUAGGGAGAUGGUCGAUACGAGCGGCGAUUGCGACCGCGUCGUGACUGACUGCUUCACCGCAUACCCCGAAAAGCCCUUUCAAGACGAUACUCUUCUCAGCAAGCCAAGCGCAGCAUACGAAUGGCUGCAUUUCCACGACACACUCAACUCGGCUGUCCAUGGUUCGCAGGAAUGGGAACUAGCACCAUACCUCUCCAACUCUGUUCUCGCUUUCCACAACCUCUUUGCAUCACCACGUCACCAAAGCUCCAACCCCGUUACUGAUCCCGACGAGACGCCAUCGCCAUUCUCUGGACCUGGCGCCAACUUUGCAGCUCUCGAGCAGUUCAAAGCCAAUAGAUCACAGCUCAUGGCACUGCAAUCAACACUGAGCCUCCAUCUCACGCGCAUGUUCCGCAGUCCCGAAGAAAUGGCUCUCGAGCUCAUACCCUACACCCUCCGCAUGCUCGCACCAGACGUCAAACCUGUCAUCGUCAACACUGGCGCCUCGGGCUCGAAAUCUUUCGCCUCCGCCACAGUCCGCAAAGCCUCCGAGAAAGCGCUGGUCGCUAAAGCCGUCCAAGCCAUGGCCGCCACUGGCAUCCGCUUCGAACGAUCACGCAUAGAGACCGAGGACGUUGCGAAUCGCAGCGCGGGCUUCGUCUGGCGCAUGGAGCCUCCCCUCGACGUCUUGGCCACUUUCGAAACUCUGUCCGGCAAGAAAGAGGAGAAAGUCCGCUAUGCGGUACGCAGCGUGUUGGAGCAAGAAUGGCGCAAAGAGAGCGCGCGCAUGGACAUGGACAAUCGGAAACGGAGAGGUGGUCAGACGGAGGCGGAUGAAGUUGAAGAACAAAAGGAGGAAAAAACGACGGAGGAGAAGGUCGCAGCGGCGAAUGCGAGGGCUGUCAAGCGCGAUUUCUUUGGCAGAGUGAUCGAGGAGAAGCCGUUGCUUGAAGGUCAAGUCAAGAAGCGCGAGAAUAAGGGUGGUGAUGAGGGAAGGAUUUGGGUUAGUUUCAAUGAGGGGUAUUCGAAUGCUGUGAGGAAGCCGAUUACGAUUGAUGAGUUGUUGAGAGGGUUAUAG